AAACAUCGUCAUCGGUCGUGAACUGAGACUCGGCCAAGGAUGGAGGAAGAGGCACGCAAGCUUCUCGAAGAAGGAAUAAGAAAGAAAUUGAUCAGUCCCGGUAAAGGAGAGCUGUCGACCUUCCCCGAUGGCACCAAGGUGGUAUUUCACUACCGCACCAGACAGUGUGAUGGCACAGUGCUGGAUGACUCCAGAACCAUGGGGGGCUGCAGCAAACCCAUGGAGCUCAUCUUGGGCAAGAAGUUCAAACUAGCUGUGUGGGAGACUGUGAUCAUCACCAUGAGAGAAGGUGAAAUUGCAGAAUAUACCUGUGACAACAAGCACACUUCCCUGUACCCACUGGUGUCCCAGUCACUGAGGAACAUCAGUGCUGGUAAAGACCCCCUAGAAGGCCAGAGACACUGCUGCGGCAUUGCCCAGAUCCACUCUCACCACUCUCUGGGCCACAAGGAUCUGGACCAUCUCCAGGCUAAUCCACAGCCUCUUGUUUUCACUAUCGACUUGCUGCAGGUUCUGCCUCCAGGAUCGUUCCAGUUGGAUGUGUGGGCCAUGACAGAUGAGGAGAAACUCCAGCUUGUGCCUCAGAUACAUGAGGAGGGCAACAUGCUCUUCAAACAGGGCAAAAUUAAGGAGGCCACGGAGAAGUACUACAAUGGCAUUGCCUGCCUCAAAAAUCUACAGAUGAAGGAACACCCUGGAGAUGAAACAUGGGUAAAACUCGACCAUAUGAUCACACCAUUGCUCCUCAACUUCUGCCAGUGCAAGUUACUCCAGGGCCAGUACUACGAAGUAAUCGAGCACUGCACAUCCUUGGUCUUCAAAUACGAGGACAACGUGAAGGCCUUCUACAAGCGAGCCAAGGCCCACGCUGCAGUGUGGAAUGAGACUGAGGCGCGAGCGGACUUUGCUAAAGUGCUGGAGCUGGACCCGUCCCUGGGGCCGUCUGUGGCUAAGGAGCUGCGGGCAAUGGAGGAGAGGAUCCGCUCCAAGGAAAAGGAGGAAAAGGGUCGCUACAAAGGCCUAUUCAACACGCCACCAGCCACUGCCACUACAAGGGUUGAAUUUCUUCAGCAAGUUGGAACAAGCGGAUGCCUGUGAAUUUCAAGAUGGAUGAGAAACAGUAGGACGCUGCUGGUGUUUAAGUUUGAUCCAUGCGCCCAAGCCAAACACUUUCUAUGCCACCCUGUCCUCCAUGGUAGACGCAGGUCAUACACACACAUGCACCCACAAUUCACUGAUAUUUACCAAGGUGCAAUUUGCAUUCCUGCCUUAUUCCCUACAACUCCCUCUCUAAAUCUUAAUUUCAGUCUUUGAUUAGGAGUUUGACAUUAUAACUUUGAAUUUAGUGAAAGCCCAAAAUCCUCUAAAAAACCUUUCAUCGCUACCGGCCAAUAGUAACAUUUGGGUUUAGUGCAUCUUCAAUGGAAGGGAACUCUGAAAUCUUGAAUUUCUGUAAUACUGUUGAGAUUUAAGACAUGUUUCAACAUUCUUGGUAAAUAAGGUCCUCGCAGUAAUAAGUUACUUAAAAAAUGUUACUGUCAGUAACAGCUUUCACAGGAUAUGCUGCCGAGAACUUCUUUUGAUUUAACGAUGACCUUAUGUGUUGUUUGUGGAAAGUCAUCGUAUUUUAAUUUAUAUAGCAUACUUAUAUAUAAAAAACAAUGUGUGCCACAGUGUUAGACACAAGUAGAUACAGCAUUUUAUGUUCUCUAGCUGGAUAAUCUUAAAAUUACUCAUAAUUGUAGCCCAAUGAGGAAACAUUACAAUGGAUUCCAGAUAGAAAAUCCAGGAAUACUUUUUUUUUUUUGCACUAGAGAUCAUGCAUGACUCUGCCUCGUGCUGCCAGGCUGUAUUUUGGUCAGAGCGGAAGCACUGGUUUAAGCAGGAGACAUUUUCGGCUGAUGGAUGGAACGGGGAACUCAAGCUGUCUGUGACAAUCUUUAAACGACACACUGAGAGUUGUGUUAUCUUAGCUUUCCCAAUAUGUACUUAUUCAUUUAUGUGAGAAUACUACCUUUGUUGUUUUUGUCAAGAUGUACUCAGCAUAAUGCUCAGUGACUCUUUCACUUGCUUAGUAAGAGCUACCAAUUACUCUUCAUGUGUGGCAGGGGGUUGUUAGCCCCACCUGUCCUAAGGCGAUGAUUAUGUAACUGUAAUAAAUGUGUUUAUCCCUG